UGGGGCAGGGUGGAAGGGCCACAGUGGCCAUCCUGUGCCGCCUCGGGGUCAUCCCAGAGCACGGCAUACAGGAUCCCUGCGGACGCUGUGGGACGGGCCCGGUGAGCUCCACUGCACACCCUCUCUGGGCGGUGUGUUCCAGUGCUCACAGAAGUUCUACAUCACAGAAUCACACAAUAUCCUGAGCUGGGAGGGACCCACAGGGAUCACCCAGUCCCACCCCAACAAUCCCCCCUGUCCAAGCACUCCUGGAGCUCUGUCAGCCUGGGGAGCCUGCUGAGUGCCCCACGACCCUCUGAGGGAAGAGCGAUCUCCAGCCUGAACUUCCCUGGCACAGUUCAGGUGCAGCUUCCUGGGCAUUGUUUUCUGCCCCUUGCCUCAUGUCGCAUGGCUGGGCACCACCAAGCCUGAUCCGUGCUGUGACACCCUUUUUGGACAUUCAUACACGUGGAUGAGGUCUCCUCUCACUCACCUCUUCCCGAGGCUGAGCAGACCCAGCUCCCUCAGCCUUCCCUAGCGAGGAGGAUGCUCCAGUACCCCCAGUCAUUCUGGCAGCCUUCACUGGACCCGCUCCAAGAGCUCCACAUCUCUCCAGGAGCCCUGGAGAUUUGGGGUCCAGUUAGGAACAGACACCACGAGGAUGAGGCGUCAGAUGGCACAGCAGAGCGAGGAAGGGAAUGUGAGGAUGAGGAGAGUUUCAAAAAGGAGCAGCAGAAGGGAAAAAAAGAGGUGAGAAAAGCUGAGAAACAUGCUGGGGUGUCCUGCGUGACAGUGUCCAUGGAUGACAUCCAGUUUGAAGAGGCUGCCAGGGUUGGACAAGUUAUUGCCAUCAGAACAAAGGUGAACAGAGCAUUCAAAACCAGCAUGGAGGUUGGCAUCAAGGUGACAGUACAGGAUGUUUUGACUAAUGCUGAAAAGAUUGUGAGUGUGGCAUAUGCAACGUACGUGGCCAAACCAGUUGGUGCUGCAAAGGUUGAGUUAAAACCUGUACAGCUGCUGUCUGCAGAGGACCACCUGGAGCACAGCCUGGCUAUUGAGAGGAGAAGAAUCCGUCUGGGCUAUGUCCAGGUCUUUCAGAAGCUGAUGCAGGAGAGCAAUAAGGAAGACACUUGUGAAGAGAAAGAUGCAGUUUCAACUGAGCACACUCACGUACAGAGCACUGAGCUUGUCCUGCCUCCUCAUGCAAACCAUCAUGGAAACACUUUUGGUGGCCAGAUCAUGGCUUGGAUGCAGACAGUGGCAAGCAUUUCAGCAAGCCGCCUCUGUCGCUCUCACCCCAUCCUGAAGUCAGUUAACAUGUUCAAAUUCUGGGGGCCAUCCUUUGUGGGUGACCGCCUCGUCUUCAAUGCCAUUGUCAACAACACUUUUCACAACAGUGUGGAGGUUGGUGUCCGUGUUGAGGCUUACAACUGUGAGGAGUGGAUCAAGGACCAGCCACGGCACAUUAACAGUGCAUUCCUCAUUUUUAACGCUGUGAAUGACAAAGGGGAGCUGCUGACCUUCCCCAAGGUCAAGCCCAGGACGCAGGAUUGUGUGAGGAGGUACUAUGGAGCUAUUGCCCGGAGGAGGAUUCGACUCACCAGAAAAUGCAUGCUAUCUGCUAGAGGAGACAAGCCCUCUGAUGCCUGGGAGACAAGCAACCAGGCAUAUUUGAGUUACAGCAACAUAGCUGCACUGACACACCUGGCAAGAAAACCAGGGUGGGACAUAACGAAGACUCUGGAUAAUGUGAAAAUCUGGACCCACGAGGAGGGUGCUGUGCUGUCAUUCAAGGUGGAGAUGCAGGUGAAGGUCCCAUCCCACGCUGCCUUCUCCCUCCUGUCCGACUUCAGCCUCCGCCAGCGCUGGGACAGACAUUUCCUGACAUGCGAGCUCCUGCAGGCUGUGAGUGAGGAGGAGAAAAUCUACCACGUCACCUCUGCCCCCAUGACAGGCCACCCACCCAGAGACUUUGUGAUUCUGGUGUCCCAAAGGCAGCCCUGCAGGCCACAGGAGCCCUACACGGUGGCUGUGAGGUCGGUGACCCUCGGGACGGCGCCCCCGAGCCCGGGGUUCUGCAGGAGUGAAAUCCUCUGCGCUGGCUUCCAGAUCCACAGCAACAGCAGCAGCUCCUGCACCGUGUGUUACUUCAAUCAAGUGACAUCAGGAGUUAUGCCUUACUUAGCUGCAAAUCUUACUGGCUCAUCAAAAUCCAUUGAAGACACUGCUUUGGAAUGUAUAAAGUUCUUGGAGCUGGAAGACAGCAAGUGCUGAAGUUAAAAACAGAUUUCUGAAGGGACAUCUGAAGAUUACCAGGCAGUUCUGGCUUGAAUUCCUGCAAGGGUGUCAGUCAUUUCUCUGUAGGUUACUUGUUUCAGAUCAUGUAGUCAGUAUUGGGCUUCAGCCUGAAAAUACCUGGUACAAGCAUUUUCUAUCAAACCAAGCUUAGGCCUUAGGCUCUCAAUACAAUCUUUAAUUUAAAAAAGAUUAAGGAACAGAUUCUGCUUUUGAUUGCAUUAAUGAAUUUUAUAUAAAUGGAGGCAGAACUUGGCUCAGUAGAGCUAUAGUUCAUAAGACUAUUUCACCAUUUUAAUGCUACAUUGAACAGAGAGACAUCCAGGCAGUUUUAAAAUACCAUCCCUUGUAAUCUGCAGAAACCAGUGCUACCAACUAGCUUUGCCAGUGCUCUGACCUUGCCAUGCACGUCCUUGCACAGCCAUUAUUUAUAAACUGAUUACAGCCCAUGUAAAGGA